UCCCGCGCUCCCUCCCUCUCGCCCUCCCUCCCCCUCCCUCCCCGGCCCGGUCCGGCCCAUCCCCCUCCCCGCCGGCUCCCUGAGGCCCUGCCGGGUCGGGCUGCUGGCGGCCGGGCGCCGACGGCCGGACGGACGGGUGCACGCGAGGACGGACGGACAGACACACGGAGGGUCGCGGGCACGCACGGCCCGGGCCAGCGCUCCGAGGCCCGCCCGAGAGGGCUGGGGCCGCGCUCAGAUCCUGUUUGGAAUGGAGAGGGGUCCUACUGAACAUCUGCUGUCUUUUCUGAGAGUGGUCAGAGAGUUCUUAAACAGAAUUUUUAUUUGGCUGCUACCUUGAAAUACAGGCCCCGAAAAUGCCAGCUUAUUUGGAUUUAGAAGAUGACCUGGAUAAAUGAUAAAAAUUAAGAAAGACACUUUGGUUUUCUUAUUGUCCACUUGGCAUAUGUUACUGGAAGAAUCUUCACCAUGGUUUUAGAUGACCUUCCAAAUUUAGAAGACAUCUAUACUUCCUUGUGUUCAUCAACCAUGGGAGACUCAGAGAUGGAUUUUGACUCUGGACUAGAAGAUGAUGACACAAAAAGUGAUAGUAUUUUGGAGGAUUCCACAAUCUUUGUGGCCUUCAAAGGAAAUAUAGAUGAUAAAGACUUCAAAUGGAAAUUGGACACAAUAUUGGAGAAUGUGCCAAAUUUAUUAUGCAUGGAAUCCAGCAAGCUAAAGGUACAGAAGGUGGAGCCCUGGAACAGUGUGCGUGUGACAUUCAACAUCCCCCGAGAAGCAGCGGAGCGACUACGGAUCCUGGCUCAGAGCAACAAUCAGCAGCUUCGGGAUCUUGGGAUUCUCUCCGUUCAGAUUGAAGGGGAAGGUGCUAUCAACCUGGCUUUGGCUCAGAACCGAAGCCAAGAUGUGAGAAUGAAUGGACCCAUGGGAGCUGGAAGUUCAGUUAGAAUGGAAGCAGGAUUUCCUAUGGCGGGAGGUCCAGGAUUAAUAAGGAUGACCAGCCCUGCCACUGUUAUGGUACCGCAGGGUGGAAACGUGUCAUCUUCCAUGAUGGCACCAGGCCCCAAUUCAGAGCUGCAGCCUAGGACUCCUCGCCCUGCUUCUCAAUCAGAUGCAAUGGAUCCUCUCCUUGCUGGGCUCCAUGUGCAGCAGCAAAGUCACCCUUCAGGCCCGUUAGCGCCCCCGCAUCACCCGGUGCCGCCUGUCCCUGCGAGCAGACAGGCGAACCCAGCUAAUUGCCCCCAGCUGCAGCAGCAGCAGCACCCGCACCCGCAGCAGCAGCAGCACCCGCAACAGCAGCAGCAGCAGCAGGCAAGGCCCCCGCAACAGCAGCAACAGCACCCGCCGCCCGCAGUCCGGCCUCCGUUUCCCGCCACGGCCCAGGGGCCCAUCCCUCCGGGCUGGAACCAGCUGCCUUCCGGAGCCCUGCAGCCGCCCCCGGCCCAGGCCCCCCUCGGCACCAUGGCCUCAAACCACGGCUGGAAGAAAGCGCCCCUUCCGGGCGCGGCGCCGCCGCCGCUACAGACCAGGCCCCCCUUGGCGGCGCAAACGCCGCCGCACCCGCCCCCUCCGUACCCCUUUGGCAGCCAACAGGCCGCGCAGGCGCAGGCGGGCUUCCCGCAGCCGAGCGGCCCGUUCGCGGUCCCUCCGGGAAAGAGCCCGCAGGGGGCGCCCUCCAGGGUGGCAGCCCCCCUGCCUCCUCCGCACCUCGCUGGCAAGUCUCCCGCCUCGUCGCCCUCCGCCUUCCAGCAGGGCUCUCCCGCCUCCUCCCCGACGGUUAGCCAGGCGCCGCCGCAGAUGGGACCAAGGCCGCCUCCGAGCAACGCGCUGCCGCAGGGCUUCCAGCAGCCCGCCGGCUCCCCGGGCCGGGCCCCCAGUUUCCUGGUGAUGCCACCACAGCCGCCCGCCCAGGGGCCGCAAGGCUUGCACCCGGGCCUAGGAGGAAUGCCUAAACGCCUCCCACCUGGCUUCUCAGCAGGACAGGCCAAUCCAAACUUUAUGCAAGGUCAGGUGCCUUCAACAACAGCAACCACCCCUGGGAAUUCAGGAGCCCUUCAGCUGCAAGCAAAUCAAAACGUCCAGCAUGCAGGUGGUCAAGGAGCUGGUCCUCCUCAAAACCAGAUACAAGUGUCCCACGGACCACCGAAUAUGAUGCAGCCCAGCCUCAUGGGAAUUCAUGGCAACAUGAACAACCAACAGGCUGGUAGUUCUGGGGUUCCUCAGGUGAACCUAAGCAACAUGCAAGGCCAGCCCCAACAGGGCCCACCAUCUCAACUGAUGAGCAUGCACCAGCAGAUCGUGCCCUCCCAGGGCCAGAUGGUCCAGCAACAAGGAACCUUGAACCCUCAGAACCCUAUGAUCCUUUCAAGGGCCCAGCUUAUGCCACAGGGCCAGAUGAUGGUGAACCCUCAGAGCCAAAAUCUUGGGCCCUCACCCCAAAGGAUGACCCCACCCAAGCAGAUUCUUCCCCAACAGGGCCCACAAAUGAUGGCACCACAUAACCAGAUGAUGGGGCCUCAGGGGCAAGUUCUGCUUCAACAGAACCCAAUGAUAGAGCAGAUCAUGACCAAUCAAAUGCAGGGGAAUAAGCAACAGUUUAACACUCAGAACCAAUCCAGUGUCAUGCCGGGACCAGCACAGAUAAUGAGGGGACCAACUCCAAACAUGCAAGGAAAUAUGGUGCAGUUCACAGGGCAGAUAUCAGGACAAAUGCUGCCCCAGCAAGGGCCUGUGAACAAUAGUCCAUCUCAGGUUAUGGGGAUUCAAGGGCAGGUCUUGCGGCCACCAGGGCCCAGCCCACACAUGGCUCAGCAGCAUGGUGAUCCUGCUACUACAGCAAAUAAUGAUGUCAGCUUGUCUCAGAUGAUGCCUGACGUCAGCAUGCAACAAAGCAACAUGGUUCCCCCCCACGUGCCGGCCAUGCAGGGAAAUGGUGCCUCGGGAAACCACUUCUCAGGCCAUGGGAUGCCUUUCAACACACCUUUCAAUGGAGCACCCAAUGGAAAUCAGAUGUCCUGUGGUCAGAAUCCAGGUUUCCCAGUCAAUAAGGAUGUCACGCUAACAAGUCCAUUAUUGGUCAACUUAUUGCAGAGUGACAUCUCUGCAGGCCACUUUGGGGUAAACAAUAAGCAAAAUAAUACCAAUGCAAAUAAACCAAAGAAGAAGAAACCCCCUCGGAAGAAGAAAAAUAGUCAGCAAGAUCUAAACACCCCAGAUACUCGCCCAGCUGGUCUGGAGGAGGCUGAUCAGCAGCCAUUGCCUGGAGAACAAGGAAUUAACUUGGACAACUCAGGCCCUAAACUGCCAGAAUUUUCAAAUCGACCACCAGGUUAUCCUUCUCAACCAGUUGAACAGAGGCCACUUCAGCAGAUGCCUCCUCAGCUCAUGCAGCAUGUGACACCCCCAGCACAGCCACCACAGCAGCAGCCACAGCCGCAACUGCCACCGCCACCACAGCAGCCACCACCUCCUAGUCAGCCACAGUCGCAGCAGCAGCAAAUGAUGAUGAUGCUCAUGAUGCAGCAGGACCCCAAAUCAGUUAGGCUUCCAAGCUCCCAAAAUGUCCACCCCGCAAGAGGCCCCCUGAACCCAGACUCCCAGAGAAUGCCCAUACAGCAGAGCGGCAGUGUGCCCGUCAUGGUCAGUUUGCAAGGACCUGCCUCCGUACCACCCUCACCUGAUAAACAAAGAAUGCCAAUACCUGUGAAUACUCCUUUGGGAAGCAAUUCAAGGAAAAUGGUGUACCAGGAGAACCCCCAGAACCCUUCCAGCUCUCCUCUGGGAGACAUGUCCUCACUUCCUGAAGCUAGUGGCAGUGAAGUGCCCUCAGUCUCAGGAGGCCCAAAUAACAUGCCUUCACAUUUAGUAGUUUCCCAGAAUCAGUUAAUGAUGACAGGGCCAAAACCUGGACCAUCGUCCCUCUCAGCAACUCAAGGUGCAACUCCCCAGCAACCCCCUGUAAAUUCCCUGCCCAGCUCUCAUGGCCACCAUUUUCCAAAUGUGGCUGCUCCAACCCAAACAUCUAGGCCUAAAACACCAAACAGAGCCAGCCCCAGGCCCUAUUACCCUCAGACACCCAACAACCGCCCUCCCAGCACUGAACCUUCGGAAAUCAGUCUGUCACCAGAAAGACUCAAUGCCUCCAUAGCUGGACUCUUUCCUCCACAGAUUAAUAUUCCUUUACCUCCUAGGCCAAAUUUAAACAGGGGCUUUGAUCAACAGGGCCUAAAUCCAACAACUUUGAAGGCCAUCGGGCAAGCACCUUCAAAUCUUACCAUGAAUAAUUCUUCCAAUUUUUCUGCCCCACAAACUCACAAAUUAGAUUCUGUGGUGGUGAAUUCUGGAAAGCAGUCUAAUUCCGGAGCAACAAAACGGGCAAGUCCAAGCAACAGUCGCAGGUCUAGUCCUGGUUCCAGUAGGAAAACCACCCCAAGUCCUGGGAGACAGAACUCAAAAGCCCCUAAACUUACUCUGGCCUCUCAAACAAACACAGCCCUGUUGCAGAAUGUGGAAUUGCCAAGAAGUGUAUUGGUCAGUCCCACUCCUCUGACCAAUCCCCCUGUACCUGGGAACUUCCCUAACAACAGCGGGCUGAAUCCUCAGAAUCCUACCAUACCUGUGGCUACAGUGGGGGGUGUUCCCGAGGAGAACAAGGAGAGCUUGAAUGUGCCUCAGGACAGUGAUUGCCCAAAUUCCCAGGCUAGGAAGGAGCAGGUAAAUGUUGAGCUAAAAGCAGUCCCUACCCAAGAAGUUAAAAUGGCUGGCCCUGAAGAUCAAUCCAAAAAAGAUGGGCAACCUGCGGAUCCUAACAAACUUCCCAGUGUUGAAGAGAACAAAAAUUUGGUGUCUCCUGCUAUGAGGGAAGCACCAACAUCGUUAAGUCAACUUCUUGAUAACUCUGGAGCUCCUAAUGUGACCAUUAAGCCUGGGCUUACAGAUCUGGAAGCCACACCUCCAGGAGUAUCUGCGGAGGACCUGAAAAACGCAUCUGUCAUUCCCACACUGCAGGAUCCGUCUUCUAAAGAACCCUCAAAUUCCCUAAAUUUACCUCACAGUAAUGAGCCGUGUUCAACCCUUGUGCAUCCAGAAUUGAGCGAGGUCAGUUCUAACGUUGCACCCAGCAUCCCUCCAGUAAUGUCAAGACCUGUCAGCUCUUCCUCCAUUUCCACUCCCUUGCCUGCAAAUCAGAUAACUGUUUUUGUGACUUCCAAUCCCAUCACAACUUCAGUUAAUACAUCAGCAGCUCUGCCAACUCACCUGCAGUCUGCUUUAAUGUCAACAGUUGUCACAAUGCCCAAUGUGGGUAGCAAGGUUAUGGUUUCUGAGGGACAGUCAGCUGCUCAGUCUAAUGCCCGACCUCAGUUCAUUACACCUGUCUUUAUCAAUUCAUCUUCAAUAAUUCAGGUGAUGAAAGGAUCACAGCCAAGUACAAUUCCUGCAGCCCCACUGACAGCCAGCUCUGGCUUGAUGCCUCCCUCUGUUGCAGUCGUUGGCCCUUUACACAUACCUCAGAACAUAAAAUUUUCUUCUGCUCCUGUACCGCCGAAUACCCCCUCCAGUAGCCCUGCUCCAAACAUACAGACAGGUCGACCCCUGGUCCUUAACUCAAGAGCCACCCCUGUUCAGCUUCCCUCCCCUCCUUGUACAACUUCUCCAGUUGUCCCUCCUCAUCCCCCUGUUCAGCAGAUGAAAGAAGUGAAUCCAGAUGAGGCUAGUGCUCAGGUGAGCACCUCAACAGAUCAGAGCACUCUGCCCUCUUCACAAUCAACCACAAUGGUUUCUACCCUUUUGACCAAUAGUCCAGGCUCCUCUGUCAACCGGCGAAGCCCAGUCUCAUCUAGUAAGGGCAAAGGAAAAGUGGACAAAAUCGGCCAGAUUUUGCUGACCAAGGCGUGUAAGAAAGUUACAGGCUCUCUUGACAAGGGCGAAGAGCAAUAUGGUGCAGAUGGAGAGACUGAAGGCCAAGGGCUAGAGACCACAACUCCAGGGCUCAUGGGAACAGAGCAGUUAUCCACAGAGCUGGAUAGUAAAACCCCAACACCCCCAGCACCCACUCUGCUAAAAAUGACCUCUGGCCCCGUGGGCCCGGGCUCCACCUCAUCAGGACCCAGCUUACCUGGCGGUACUCUCCCCACCAAUGUACGCUCAAUAGUAACCACUCUGGUACCCUCUGAGCUCAUCUCAGCAGCGCCAACCAUAAAAAGCAAUCAUGUUGGCAUAACAUCUGAGCCACUUGCAGGUGGCCUAGUGGAGGAGAAGGUGGGAUCCCAUCCGGAGCUUCUACCCAGCAUAGCCCCUUCACAGAAUUUAGUCCCAAAGGAAACUCCAGCCACAGCACUGCAGGGGUCUGUUGCCAGACCAGAACUCGAGGCAAAUGCUGCCAUAGUCUCUGGACAAAGCAGUGAGCCCAAAGAAAUCAUUGAAAAGUCCAAAACCCCAAGCCGGAGAAACUCCCGAACUGAAGAGACAACUAUGGCUUCCGAAAGCAUAGAAAAUGGACAUCGUAAGCGAUCCUCUCGGCCUGCUUCAGCCUCCAGCUCUACUAAAGACAUAACCAGUGCAGUGCAAUCCAAACGAAGAAAAUCCAAGUAAACAAGCUGGAUGGCGACUUGAUACUUGUAAAUGUGUGUGAAUUUUACAAAAAGCAAUUUUGAGCUGUGACUUUUUAAAAUCCAUUUCUGUACAGAUAGUCAUUUUAAUAAUGUGGCCCUUUUCCUAGUCCCUGCAACCCGUUUCUUAAAGUGCAAUGGGGGAAAGCAGAGUUGUUGAACCUUUUUGGUGUUGCCAGAUGAAGUUCAAGCUUUCUAAAAUGUUGUCAUGUAUUGAAAGGAGCUAAUACGAUUAUGUUAUUAGUUUUCACAUUUCCUAAACAGCCUAGAGUACAGGGUGAGCAUUUUUAGGUCUUCUAAUGAUGUAUUGUGCUGUGGAAGUACUGUGUGUGAACAGCAGUAGUGGGAGCAACAGGAGUCUUCUCAUAUGGAAAUGUUGUAAAUAAUUUUAUUAUAUAGUGUUUUGGAUGUAUUUGUUGUAGAAAUGGACCAGUGAAUAAAGAGAAUCUAAGGGUUUGUACAAUGUGAAAUACUGAAUGUGUUAAAUAAAUGUCAUUGUCCUAGAACAUAAAUGUAUGUGAUUGGUAAGGGAUUAUUGGGUGAGCAAGUUCGUGCUUUGGACCACAAAUUAAUAGGAGCAGCCUUCUUUGUGAAUCAGAAUCCCUUCUUUUCCUCAUGCACCUGGAAAGUUGAGGAAAAUGAACAUACUUGCUCACUCAAUUCCUUCUUGGCUUUGAAGAAACUACCCUUUCAGCACUGUACCAGGCACUUUGGUAUAUGUCUGUCAAAUUAAUUUUGGUUGCACAUAACAGAAUCAACUUAAGGAUCAAGGCCACUUGGGAUUUUCUAGGGACAUGAAGCUAUCAGUAACCCAGACAGCAAUUUUUCUCCACCUCAUACAUCUGCUUCUCCAUGCAUAUGAUAGAUUUCUCCAAAACAACUCUAAUUAUACCUUCUCUAUUCAAAAGAUAAACACAGACUGACCAGUAAGAUUUUUUGUAUAACAGUAUCAAGAAUCUAGGCCAGUUUAGGUCAACUUUCCACCUUUAGUCCAGUUCUGUGACUAGAAGGAGCAGUUCCUAAAUAAAAGUGGUCAUUUUGUGUUACAUACUUCAA